GCUCAAUUGCUUUCUUUCCUGGCCACAUUGUGAAAAUCCAGUAUUAACUGUAUACCUCCAGGUUGAGGAUCGAGAUGGCACAGCCCAUUCUGCCAGUGAAAAAGCUAAGUCUUUGCUGCAUAAAUUAGAGGAAGCAAUUUCGGAACAACUAAGUCUCCAGACUAUAAAUACUGAGCUAGUGAACACUUGCCAGACACUGGAGUGGAAGACAAGAAAACUGAACACAACAAUCAAGUCAGUAAGAAAGAAGUUCAUUAAAGGACAUCUCCAUGGCUUGUUAUUGCAGAGAUGUUUAGAUGAGGAAUUUCCUCACUAUGAUCCCUUGUCCUGCAGAAAUACAAUUCAACAGCAUCUUCAAGAACAACAGAAGCUGUGUUGCCAUAAACAGUGUAGUACUCAAGAACCAAGAAUACAUCAGACACCCCUGACCUUCAAACAUACAUGCUGGUACUCACCUCUGCUGGAUGCCUUGCAUCUGGAUAGUCUCACGCCGAUUCCAAGACUGUCAUUGACACCGUUCUCGUGUGUAGCUAACCGAAUCCAUGCUUCACACAAAAGGCCCAAAUAUAGAAAAAUAGAGGAUGGUGCUUUGGAUGUGACUAGAACAUACAAGUUCCCAGGACCUACAACUGGCCCCCACCCUGGAACAGAUCUUUCCAGUUGCAUCAGGAUGAAUAAUGACCUAAGUAUGGGAGAGAAUGGUAUUGAACACUUGCAUUCUGAGAGCCUGCCGCAGUCCAGGGUACAUUCCACACUCUCAUCUCCUGUACACGCUUCAUCUACUGAAAGUACUGUAACUAAAAGUGAUUCUGGAUCAGAGACUUUGAAUAUGGCUUCUGGUGACCUUGAUUGUAAAUCACUCCGUGAUAAGGAGGAUACAAGAUCAGAUUCUGUUAUGAUGAAAGUCAAAGACACAAGUCCAGCUCAUGAGAAUAUUACACUCCAAGGCUCUGUGAAUGAGGACAAGCCCAUAUUAAAUCUGGAAGCCAAAAAGGAAACAAAAACAAUAGAUGGGCACAGAAAAGAAUGUGUUGCAGGAGACACUGUUGUUUCCUCUCUUCCUGUCACCACUGUGAAAUCGGUUAACUUUAAACAAAGUGACAACAUUUCUGCUAAUGAGAAGGAGGUAGAGGCUGAAUUUCUCAGAUUAUCUUUGGGAUUUAAGUGUGACUGGUUCACCUUGGAGAAAAGAGUGAAACUUGAAGAAAGAACCCGUGACUUGGCAGAAGAAAAUUUGAAGAAAGAAAUCACUAACUGUUUAAAGCUUUUGGAGUCUUUAACAGCUCUUUGUGAAGAUGACAACCAGGCCCAGGAAAUCAUCAAGAAGCUGGAGAAGAGUAUAACGUUCCUUAGCCAGUGCACAGCACGAGUGGCCAGUAGGGCCGAGAUGCUAGGAGCCAUCAAUCAGGAAAGCCGGGUUAGUAAAGCAGUUGAAGUGAUGAUUCAGCAUGUGGAAAACCUGAAGAGAAUGUAUGCCAAGGAACAUGCUGAAUUAGAAGAACUGAAACAGGUUCUUCUGCAAAAUGAAAGGUCUUUUAACCCUCUGGAAGAUGAAGAUGAAUGCCAAGUUAAAAAACGCUCAGCUUCUCUAAACUCCAAGCCAUCUUCUCUUCGGAGAGUGACAAUUGCUUCUUUACCCAGGAAUCUUGGGAAUGCAGCAAUGGUGGCUGGGAUGGAAAACAAUGACCGAUUCAGCAGGAGGUCAAGCAGUUGGCGUAUUUUGGGGUCAAAGCAGAGCGAACACCGUCCCUCAUUACAUCGAUUUAUCAGCACCUAUUCCUGGGCAGAUGGUGAAGAAGAAAAAUGUGAGCUAAAAACUAAAGAUGACUCAGAACCACCUGGAGAAGAAAUAGAAGAAAGGACAAGAAAGCCAAGUUUUUCUGAAAAGAGAAAUAAUCCAUCAAAAUGGGAUGUCUCUUCAAUUUAUGACAUGAUGACUUCCUGGGCAACAAAUCUCAAGACUUCCAUCAGAAAGGCUAAUAGGGCACUCUGGCUCUCUGUGGUGUUAAUUGUACUAUUUGCAGCUUUGAUAAGCUUCCUCACAGGCCGGUUUUUCCAGAAGUCCGUGGAUGCUGCUCCCACCCAGGAUGGGGACUCCUGGAUGUCUCUAGAACAUAUCUUGUGGCCAUUUACCCAACUCCGACACAAUGGUCCACCGCCAGUGUGACUGUAGAAUAUCCUAGCGUGUAUAUCUUGGUUUUUAAAGUUUCAGUAUCUGAAUUUUGUAAAUUAGUGACUUUUAGCUGGGAGAAUAGAGCCUGGAACCAGAGGUUCUCAGAAUGACUAUAAGAUUUUUAAAUUCCCUUUUUUGUGUGUGAAUACCUCCCCAUGAUCUUUUAAUGAGCUUUUUGAGAAGAUAUUAUAUAUUGUUUGUUAAAAUUUAUUGAAAUAAAGAAUCAUUAAAUCUUCAUACAAUGAAAGCUAACUCUCAGUGGGCUGGUAAUCAUAGGGG